AUGGGGCUUGGGUUAUUCCACACAGUUCUCUCUUUUUGCUUCAUACCAUUUUAUUAUCAUUCUUAUCACUUUGAGUUUUCUCAGUCAGCAUGGCCUUUGAAGACCCGCUUAUCUUUCUAUGUUCUCUUCAUUUGGCUCAUGAUCAUUAAGGACAUGUAUGGUUCUCUUUUCCAAGUGAGCCACCAAUACAUUUACUCUAUUCUCGUUUUAAUGAUCUAA